GGUCCUGGGGCUCCCCCGGCGCCCUGACCCUCGCCGUGUCAGCACCGAGGGUCUCCCCGCGCCGCCCCCUCGCUCSCCGCUGUGACCGCCCCGCUCGCCCCCGGCCCGGCCCUGAGGGAGAAGGGGGGCCCUGUGAGGGUCUCUCCCCGUCCCGCUGCCCUCACCGCCCUCCGUCCCCGGGGAGCCGCCGCCACCGCGGGUUAUGCCCCCUCCUGCCCGGGUGGGACCGCACAGACCCUCCCCAGCUUUCCCACCCCGGCCCUGCCGCUGUUCCCGAGGCUCCCCGCCCGUUUUCCCGGUGAUUUAUCCCAGUGAAUUUUCCCGGUGAAUUUCCCCCGCCUCCCCCUCCAGCAUGGAGUUCGCCGAGCUGAUCAAGACGCCCCGAGCCGAUAACGUGGUGCUGCACCGGCCGUUCCACGCGGCCGUGGAGGGGACGCUGUGUCUGACCGGCCACCACCUCAUCUUCUCGUCCCGGCGGCACGACAACGCCGAGGAGCUGUGGCUGCUCCACUCCAACAUCGAUUCUAUCGAGAAAAGGUUUGUGGGCUCCCUGGGCACCAUCGUCAUCAAAUGCAAAGAUCUGAGGAUUAUCCAGCUGGACAUCCCUGGGAUGGAGGAGUGUCUGAACAUUGCCAGCUCCAUCGAGGCACUCUCCACCCUGGAUUCAGUCACACUCAUGUAUCCCUUCUUCUACCGGCCCAUGUUUGAGGUUGUGGAAGAUGGCUGGUCCUCUUUCCUGCUGGAACAAGAGUUUGAGCACCUCAGUUCAGUGACCAAUGAAUGGCGUCUGAGCUGUGUCAACAAGGAGUUCUCUGUGUGUCCCUCCUACCCCCCUGUUGUCAUCGUCCCCAAAUCCAUCGAUGACGACGCGCUCCGCAAAGUCGCCCUGUUCCGCCACGGCGGCCGCUUCCCAGUGCUGAGCUACUACCACAAGAAAAAUGGGAUGGCGAUGAUGAGGAGCAGCCAACCCCUGACAGGCACCAACGGGCGGCGCUGCAAGGAGGAYGAGAAGCUGAUUAACGCCACACUCCGCUCUGGCCGGCGCGGCUUCGUCAUCGACACCAGGCCUUUGGCUGUUGCCCAGCAGGCCAGGGCCAAAGGAGGGGGCUUUGAACAGGAAGUCCACUACCCYCAGUGGAGGAGGAUUCACAAAUAUAUUGAGAGGUUUAAUAUCCUGCAGGAGAGCUUCAUCAAGCUGGUGGAGGCUUGUAAUGACCAGUCACACAACAUGGACCGCUGGCUCAGUAAGCUGGAAGCUUCCAACUGGCUCACUCACAUCAAGGAGCUGCUGACUGCAGCUUGUCUGGCUGCUCAGUGCAUUGACAGGGAAGGUGCUUCAGUUUUAGUCCAUGGCAGUGAAGGAACUGAUUCCACACUGCAGGUCACUUCCCUGGCACAGAUCAUCCUGGAUCCAAGGUGCAGGACCAUCCAUGGCUUYGAGGCUCUUGUAGUGAGGGAGUGGCUGCAGGCUGGCCACCCAUUCCAGCAGCGCUGUGCCCAGUCCGCCUAUUCCAACAGCAAACAGAAGUGGGAGGCCCCGGUGUUCCUGCUCUUUCUGGAAUGUGUGUGGCAGAUCCACCGGCAGUUCCCCUGCUCCUUCGAGUUCAAYGAGCAGUUCCUCAUCAUGCUCUUUGAACAUGCCUAUGCUUCCCAGUUCGGGACUUUCCUGGGCAACAACGAAAACGAAAGGGCUAAACUGAAGCUGCCUCAGAAGACCAUGUCCCUGUGGUCCUGGGUGAACAGGCCUGAAGAACUGAGCCGGUUCCAGAACCCUCUUUAUGAGGCCAACAGCCUUGUCAUCUGGCCCUCUGUUGCCCCRCAGAGCCUGCAGCUCUGGGAAGGUGUCUUCCUGCGGUGGAACAGGCCUUCCAAAUUCCUGGAAGAAGCUGAAGAAGAAAGGAUCAACAUUAUCAGGUACAACAAGGAGCUGCAGGCCAAGGUGAACGCGCUGAGGAGGCAGCUGGCAGAGCUGGAGACGGAGGAGGACGCCCGGGAGGAGGUGGAGGUGCCCUGAGCUGGGCUUUGCCUCUCUGGCCUUUGCUUCCCAGCCCCUUUUCAUUGAGGAAGAAACAUGGAAAGUGCAUGUUYUGCUGAGCCCUUGGGUACAGCUGACCCUUCCAGUGCUGAGCCCUUCACUCCAUGAACCUCCCUGCUCUUUGGGGAGGGUUUUUUGUUUUGUUUACAGAAGACACAGCUGGGCACAAUGUCCUCUCUUGGCAGCUUUUCUGUCUCGGAAUUGGGUACAGUGUCAGCAGAAGCUGGAACUCUUUACCUCCAACUGUGUGGAUGACCAGGAUGGGCCAAGAGAUAGGAUGUCUCCGAUUUAUUUUGGACUUGUUCUGCUUUGUUGAACACUCACAGGAUUAAAAUACAGAGUUCUAUAUAGAUAGGUAAAGGCRUUUUGUCUGAAAGCACCUUUUCUCUCCAGGAGUAGGUAAGGCAGAUUAGUUCUUUAGUUUCCUAGGAAAACUAGAAAUGGUUAAAAUCAAAUUACAGGCUCUGCCCAUCUGCACAACACUCUCAGUAGCCCUCACAUCUCAUACUUGGGUUUUUGUGUUCAGCAUUGGCUUGGGAGUAGGAAGUUAAGUACCAAACCAGAGCAAGACAUUUCAGUGCAAUACAGAAUUGAAGUAGGGAUUCUGCUGCUAAUGUUUAAGCCAUGACCUUCAGGUGGAAUUGUCCCUUGUGGACAAGAAUCUCCUAAGGAAUUACAAACUUUUUUUAAUCUACCUGGGAAACAAAAAGGUUUAGUAGCUGGUGGAGGUGUUCACUUGCAGAACAGGRCUCAGAGCUGUCCUUUGAACCAGAGCCAAACUGCCUUCUUGGAAAUGUCAACCCCCCCUGGCUGGGUUUGGACACCUGGCCAGGUUCACAGCAUUGCCAGGGUGCAAGAGCAGCACUUCAUUUACAACGCAACAAAACACUUUUGUUCCACCUGAUGUGCAUUUCCUUCUUGUGCUCUUAUGCCCAUGUUGUGAAACCUCAAAAGCAGAAGCUGGAAGUUCAGUUGACCUCACAGAUCUGCUGCAGAUGAAGGGGCCAUCACACUACAAAAAAUACUAAGAGUUUAGAUGAUUUGUAGCUGCUAAAACUGCUUAAGAACUUUAGGGAUAAGCUUUUUCUCAUUUAACUUUGUAUUUUAUAGCUGCUCUUUUUGUUUCUGUGGCUUCAAUGUGCUUUUUAUAAAAUCAGAGUUCUCGCUAGUGAUUUUUUUUUCUGCUUUAAAAAGAAAGGUGGGAGUAGGUGUGAAAUACUCACCGAGGCAUUUUUUUCACCUUGAUUCCUUGGACAGCURUACAGGAUGGGGAAAAGUUGAAUUAACAGGAAGACACGUGGCUGGGAUUAUCCAGAAGAGAUUUUGCUGUUAGCCUGGUUCUGUUGAAAUGAACAGGGCUGUGCUAGGUCAGUGGUGUGAUCCCUUUGGAAACUGUUGAGCUUCCAGUUGAAGGAAUGAAGCUGCCUUUUUUUAAAAGCCACUUCACAUAGAUACGUGUGAAAAUGCAGGAUCUUUACUUGUCAUAGCUGUAGCUGGAGAAGAACCUGCAAAAGUCAUGUAGCCACUAAAUAUAGUCUGAGAAAGUUCUAUAACCUAUGAAGUGAUACAAAACUAUGUGACAGUGGUCAAGUGCUACCUUAAUGCCUUUUGUUCAGUCCUUAUUUCCUUAAUUAUUUCCUUCUUGCCUAAACUAAACUUAGCCCUGAAGUCCUCUGGCUUAAAAAAUAACAAGAUUCCUUUUAAACCAUUGCUCACUUAAGGCAGAAGAGUUAUUCCCCUUCUUGUGAUGCCAAUUUUUUUUAAGGUUUGGAGYCUUGUUCCCUAAAUCCAGUCUGACACAGGGAAUCCUGCUGGGGAUCUGUUCUGCAUAACAGGGGAGGUACAAGUGGGCUGUUCCCUCCUCCAAAUCCAGAGAUACCUCUGGGUMUGUUGCUCAUGUAAGCCCUUAAAGUGAUUGUUCACCCGUUAAAAUGAUGUCUUUGGUAUCUGCACCUGCCUGGGUGGUGGUUCCCUACCCCAUUCAGAWUUUCUGCAGCUGAAAUCCAUUAUCCCCAGCCAGAUGGGAAGGAUUCAGAAGGCACUAUUUUCCCUGUAAUAGGCUAUACAUAAAACACUCCUAAAGGUUAUGCAAUUCCCUAACACAGUAAUUAUAGAUUGAGCUAAAUAAUAGAGAAGCAGAGAGGGUUUUUUUGGAUAUAAUUGCCUGGCUGCUUCAGCCUCUCCUGCAAACUGCAGGCUUCCAAGGAAAUUGGGAAACCAGCUGUGACAGCCAGCAAAAGGCAGCACAUUCCCUCUGAGCUGGCAUUCAUUUCAGCCUGCACUUGUGUUGAAUCCACACCCAAGUGCUGUGUGUGCCUCGGGAAUGUGGAGCACAGCCUUCCUGUGGCAGUGCUGGAGUCCUUCUGAGCUGAUCCAGGGGUUUAUUCCACAAUUCCCGGGCUGUGCAGCACCUUGUCCCUGCACAGGUUCCAUGGCACAGGCCUGGGAGGGCUUGCAGGAGAUGAAGUGGGGCAAAAAAAUUUGUGGUGGUGUCGAUCUUCCUGAGAGAGGACACUUCCCAGAGCUCUGCUGCCACAUUCCCUUUCAACUUCCCCAUUCCCAGUGCUUCCCAGGCUCCAGACAUKCAGCAGAAUGCUCCCGUUCUUUGCUUUGCUGCUUUCCUUCCCUAUUUAAUCACAUCUUUACUAUCACUGAUGGGUGUGCUCCCUCUCAGAGGGGGAUCCCUGGGAUUCCCACAGAUUCCCUGUGUCCUCCCGAGCUCUGGCUCUUUCCUGUGCCACUGCCUUAUGCCCUCGCUGCCACCCCAUUCCUGCUCUUUUGCACACACUCUUUGUGUAACAAGCUGGACACUGAAAGCCCCAUCUCCAAAUUUUUGGGGGCUAUCCAUGAGGACACUCUGCCAUUUACCAAAAAAAGAAAGAAAAGAAGAAGGGAAAAGGAACUAACUUGCACAGUUUUCAUAAGGGAAAUAAGAAAUAUGUACCUUCAAUAUUUUGAUUGUAUUAACUCUUGAAUGUGGCGCUGGUUUUGCCGUGCACUAUUGUCCCCGUUGCAUAGGAUCUCAUUUAAAAUUGCACUGUACAGCAUUUUUGGUGUCUCAUGUGUGCUUUGCUAAAGCCUUGGGAAGUGCUCUCGUUGUGAGGGGAGAGGUUUAUCCCAGCACUYGCUGUGUUUUGUGACAGCAGCACUGUGCAACGUGUGCUCUGUAUCUGUUCACUGCUGCCAGUUCAAGUGAUGAGUACACUACUGUCCCAACAUCUGGAACUGCUCUAUGGACUUGGCUGCUGCAUCAUUCUUGAUUUUUUUUUUCUUUUCCUGUAAAAUUUGAAAUGCCAGGGCUGGGAGUUGUGUGCUGGUGUUAGGUAUUUGCUGUCUGUGUACAGAAUCCCAGCUGCUGUGGUGCAGAAUUUAUUGCAACAAAAAAAAACAAAGUAACGAGUGUGAGGAAAAAGAAGAUGAUGGCUCAAGGUUCAGCCAUUUGGGGGGAGCAAAACAGAUACAAAGUGGCUGUAAACUUUGCUGUAGAUAUGUUGAGAACAUAGUAGAUGUGUCUGUUUAAAUUAAAACAUUGAAGACUAAAAAGUUCUUUAAUUACACUGGUGAAUCUUC